ACUGACUUCUAGAGAGAGGUAUGCGUUGCGCACGAACGUCAAAAUCGAAUAAAUAGUCGUCUGCAGUAGCAGCCGAAGUGGAUGUCCGCAGACGUGAUAACACGAGUAAUCGGAGUGGCCGACGAUCAUAAGUUUUUUUUUCUUUUCCCUCCUUAUCAUAAACGUGUUCGAGUUUACGUGUAGUUGGUUCGGAAGUUUUAGAAUUUCCACCGAUGAUCAUCAAAUCGCAGACGGGGAUUUCUGAAGGAGCCGUGUGGCGGCGAACAAAGCCGCCCUUACAAAUUUAAAGAAGGAAUGACGCUGGAGAAUCCUUUUUUUGUCGUCAAAGACGAGGUUUGCAAGGCACUAAAUAAGAAUCGUGGUUUAUACGGCCGCUGGACGGAAUUACAAAAUGUCGUUACUAGUCCUACAAUAAACGGUGGAGGGGGGAUUCCGAUUUCGCGCGAAGAAUUGGAUUGGACAACAACAGAGUUGCGAAAAGCGCUACGCUCGAUCGAGUGGGAUCUCGAUGAUCUAGAAGACACUAUUUGUAUCGUAGAGAAAAACCCAACGAAAUUUAAGAUUGAUAAUAAAGAACUAAGCGUUCAACGAAGUUUUAUCGAACAAACGCGGGAAGAAGUGAAGAUUAUGAAAGAUAAGAUGAAUUUAAGUAGGGGCAGGGACCGUGAUAGCACGGCAAGACAGCCCCUUUUGGAUAAUAGUCCUGCUCGUGUUCCUGUCAAUCAUGCUUCAACUAAAUAUAGUAAGCUUGAAAAUGAGACAGAUAGUCCAAAUAGACAAUUUCUUGGCGAUACUCUACAACAACAGAAUGACAUGAUGAGGCAACAAGAUGAACAAUUAGAAAUAAUUGGGGAAAGUAUUGGCACACUCAAAACAGUAUCUAAACAGAUCAACUCAGAAUUAGACGAACAAGCAAUUAUGCUGGAUGAAUUUGGUAAUGAAUUAGAAACAACAGGCUUUAAGUUAGACGCGACAAUGAAGAAAAUGGCUAAAGUUCUCCACAUGAGUAACGGUAAUUAUAACAAUUACAUUCCUGCCCCUACCACAGCUACAUCUACUGUAUCUGAUCUUACCUCUAAGCCUUCUUCUUUAUCUUCUUUAUCAACUACAAUAACCAACUGCUUCUUAUGUGCUGGAGAUUAGAUGUUUAUUAUUAUUAUUAUUAUUAUUAUUACUAUUAUUAUUAUUAUUAUUAUAUACCAUAAUUAUUCAGUAGAAAAAUGGAAUAUUUCUUUUCCAUUGGUAAUAACUAUUCAAAUUAGAAAUUAUAGCUAGAAAUAUUCGAAAACUCCCACUGAAGAAUUAUGGAAUUUUUGAUAUUAAAUAGACUAAUGAUGUUAUAAUUUUUUUACAACAUUCUGAAAUCUCUACUGCAUAUUAUUUAUUCUUAAAACAACAAAACAUCUUUGGCAUUAUUUUAAAUGAACUAAGUAUUUAUCUAUUUUUGCACUCUCCUUGGAAGACUUUUAUUGUUUAAUAUUUGCAUCAGCAAGCAAGCUUCUAUUAAUUUAAACAUUAUUAAUUUUACUUUUAUUUAAUAUUAUUUUAAUGUAUAGUAUCGUAUGCUCAAUAUCCUCUGUUUGGUGUUACUAGUAAUUAUAUCACUGUUGCUAUACUACCACAGUGGGCAGUCCACAUAUAAGAUACAGGAUAUCAAUAUACCUGUAAUACUCAUAUUACUAAUAUUUUUUAAUGAAUAUAGAGAAAAGUAUUUGAUACUUAAUUUGUAUUGCAAUUUCUCAAAUACAGUAACUUUUCAUUUAUAUUUCAUGUGUAAUUAUUAUAAAAUAUGAUUAUAUAAAAUAUGAAACAUAGUUAGAGGAGAAUAUCUAUUUUUCUGUUGUUGUAUAUAUAAUACAGUUUUUAUUUUUAUUUUCAACUUAUUAAGUUCCUAUAUCUAUAAUUAUAUUAAAAAGUAUAUAAUAACAAAUAAUGUUAAAAAAUUUGAAAACCAAAUUAUAUGUAUUUGAGAUCUUAUAAUUGCAAUAGUUUAUUUUUGCAAAAUAAAUCUAUCAAAUGAUGAUUAAAUAGAGUCACCAAGUAUUUGAAGUUAAUGAUAAUAUAACAACAAAACAACAAGAAGAUAUAAUCACAAUUUGCUGAAUUGCUCAGAUGAAUAUACAAUUUUAGAAAGUAAAUUAUUUAAUCCUUCUUAAAUACUUGGCCAAAUAUAUAAUUUUGAAUUUUAAAAAGGACCACUUCAACAGGAUACUUUUCUGUAGAUAUAGUUGAAGAGAUAUAAAUAUAUAUACAAGAAAAUUAAAUUAUUAUAUAUAUAUAUAUACACAGACACACACACACACACAUAUAUAUAAAAUAUAUGAGUGCAAUAAGCACUAUACAGUGUGUUAAAAACUAUAAGCAGUAACAAUAAAUAUAAACACUGUUGAGGUAAUACUUACUAAGAAAAAUAUGUAGGUAAAUUAAAACAGUAUAGUUGAUAUUUUGUUCAAGUAAAAUUAACAAACAUUACCAAUGCCAAAAAUUAUAAAGCAUACGUCAAGCAGAGUUUUAAGUAGAAAGGAUAAGCACAAGAGCUUGUGUGCCUGAUAAAGAUUUAAUAAGACAAAAUUAUGCAUAGCAUUAGAAAAAUUUUCUAUAAUAUUUGGGUAUUGGAAAUACCUCAUAUACUAGUACUUCCAAUGUACACAAUGUGAUAUCAGUAUGCUAAGUGAUUUAAAGUUCAAGUCUAUAUAACGAAGAUUUUGGUGGGUAUUGAAACAUUGAAUGUGUCUCUUAGCAUACCCUUAUUAAAUAUGUACAUACAUAACAUUUCUAAGCUGCUCAAUUAAAUACACUUAAAAAUAGGAUUGAAUAUUUGUAUGUAUGGUGGUUGAGAUUGAUUGUUUCUUUAGAAUAUUGUUAACAAGUGUCAGAAAUUUUAGUGAUUAAAAAGUAUUUGUCCCUUUAGGACAAAUUCAAAGAUACAAUAUGUGUAUAGAUUAUUUAAAAAAAAUACAAAUAUUAUAAUCUUAUGAGAGACUUCAUAUCAAAAUAAAAUAGUAUUUCAGUAUGUGACUAACAAAAGAUAAUAGACUAUCUAUUUCUCAUAUAUAUGACCAAUUGUGAAAAAAAUAAUAAAAUUUAGAAA